ACUUGCGACAUUUAGCCUUAAUGCCGUUCUUCCUUCGGUUGUUGUUUAUAUUUUUCCAUGCAUUCUCCCCCCCCACCGCUGUCAGCAGAUAGACAUGCUAAGUGCAGCGGAGGCACCCAUUUCGUGGUUGUGUAAAUGAACUCCUGAUAACUCUCAAUACAUGAGGACGUAAGCACUCAGAUGUCCUGGUUUUCCAGCCCCGUGUACAGCCGAUACUGGCAGCACUACCAGCGGGCUAUGGCCUGGCAUCAGAGGCACAGGCGAGCUUACCAGAAGGCCCUAGAGGCUGCUUACGGCCCCAUCUACUGCCAGCGGCCGCGUCCCGGAGGCCGAGAGCGCUACGCCGACUGGCAUGCCAGCAAAAGUGACAGCGAAGAAGAGGAAGAGAGCAGCUCAGACGGCGAGAUUGAAUGCGACGUCAGCAACAUGGAGAUCAGCGAGGAGCUUCGGCAGUACUUCGCCCAGACAGAGAAACACCGAGAGGAGUUAAGGAUGCAGCAGCAAAUUGAGGCCGAGCAACACGACAGCUACGUACCGGCCGACCGCGACCUGCGCGGCGCCUCCUGGCGCACCAGCGCGGCCCCACCCUCUGAGCGGCCAGGCGAGAGGCGCGGGGCUGAGAUGAAGAAGCUGUAUGGCGAGGAUGCCGCCAAGAUCCUGGCCAUGGAGGCGGCGAUGCAACUCACGUUUGAUCGAAACUGUGACCUCAAGCAGCCCAAAUACUGGCCCGUCAUCCCUCUCAAACUGUAGCAGUUCUUCUGUCAGGCAGGCUUUUAGGUAGUGGGGGGAAAACGCCCGCACUGCCUCAUGAGAUGUUUCUCUCAGGUGAUGAUGUUAAGAAAAGAUGAGUGAUGAAGGCCCACAAGUGCCUGCCUGCAUGUUUCCCCUGAUCUGUUUUUGUUUGCGCCCCCCAGCUGGCUCACGUUUCAUGGUGCAGUAGUUCCUCUAAUGCCUGUCAGCUCAGUUCAAAUGCACAAGAAGUCGUCCUGCAUGGCUGCCUCCCAAAAUCCACAUUUAAACAAGCGCCAGCAGCGGCAGCGCCUUGUCGCGUCUCUGGAGCGUCUCUAAACGAGGACGUACACUUCAACUAUCUGCCUUUGAACUUGACUUGUCUUGCUAAUAAAGUCAGCGUUCGACUUGCAGCUGUUUUACUGCUAUGUUGCCAGACGUUCCUUCCAAGAAUGAUGGAACAAAUCAAGUCCAAAGCGUUCCUAUUUUAUGUGUGAGCACCAGGGAGGAUCGGAUCGGCUGCCGAUCCUCUGCGUUUUGAAGAUCGGGCCACGAGAUCGUGCUGAUCCCGUUGCCAUGUCGCGUUCUUAACUCCGUGUGGUAACGUACUGUGGUGAAGUUACUUUUCCUUAAAGGGAUAUUUGGCUUCGUAGCUACAGCGGCGGCGCUUCCCCCUCACUGUGCCCGGACUGCUGUGUCAUGGUGCGGGGAGCUCACCCGUGAAGUGCCGCCGUACGGUGGCGGAGCUACGUGGCGGCCACCACAAUGAACUGUUCAUUGUCAUGGAAGUCAAUCAUAACAACAGAGCGGUACCCCGCUUUUCAUUCAAAGCGCCAACAAAGAAGGAUUUUUCCCCUGAAACUGAAGUCAAUCCAAUGAAUCCUUUCCAGACACCCACAAAUAUGAACAAAAGAUACCUUUGAUAGAGAAUAAUCAUAGUUUUACAUGCAGAAACAAUGUGAAACAGUUCUAAACGACUAAUGAAAUGAACAUUUAAGGUCGCUGUCAGCGUACUAUUGCCAGAUUUGGUGUUGGGGAUGUGAUCCAAGAUGGCUGACGAAACACGAAAUACGCAUCAACCUAUUGCCUCCCCAUGUGAGUCAUGGUCUCACCUUGGACACCCCAAUGAAACGUUUCUGACACCGUCACUGCCGCCGUAACCGCUGGUUUGUGCUAGGGACCGUCAAUAAAUUACUAUUGCAUUGAA